CCACCCCAACCAAACCAGAGCAAAGCGCAAAAGCAAAAAACCGCCCCUCAAACCCGAUCUCGAUUUUUAGGGGGCACGACGAAGGCGACGAAACCCUAACUCUUACCCCACCACCACCUCCAUUCAUAUAAGCCUCCCCUUCUGCCGUCUCCUUCCUCAACCCCCAUCGUUUCUCUCUCUAGAUCUCUCUCUCUCUCUCUCUCUUUCUCUCUUCUCCUCUGGAUCAAUCGGUGGAGCCCCAACUCGUUGUGAAUGGUGGAAAUCUCGGCCGGCGGUAGCGAUUUCAUGCUCACCCUUUUCCGAUCAAGGGCGAGCGCUCUCGUUUUCGCCUUCGGUUCUUGCAAGGAGGGCUGGUACUACCGCUGCCUCGGCGUCGACCCUUGAGACCCCCCCAUUUGAUUCCCCGCGAGAUCGCUUCCCGAUUUUUGCCUCUCUCUCUCUCUCUCUCUCUCCGGGUCGCGCUCUUGAUCCCGUCCUUCCUUUUCCUUCCUUCCUUCGUCGGGAUUGGUUAAUUCUUGUUUUUGGGUUUCUUUGAGACUGUUUGGAUUCGGGGUCGGUCGCGAAAGAUGUUGCUCUACAAGCAGAAGAAGAAUCAGAGCGCCAAGGGCAACAGGCUCCUCAUCAGCAUCAACGUGCUGGGGAGCGCCGGCCCGAUCCGGUUCGUGGUGGGCGAGGAGGAGCUCGUCGCCGCCGUCAUCGACACCGCCCUCAAGACCUACGCCCGCGAGGGGAGGCUCCCCGUCCUGGGCUCGGAUCUCAACGAUUUCUUGCUGUACUGCCCAACUUCUGGAUCAGAUGCUCUGAGUCCAUGGGAUAUGAUCGGGUCGCCCGGAGCUCGGAACUUCCUUCUGUGCAAGAAACCGAAGACGGACGUGGUGGCUGAUGAGCGGAGGUCCCCUGAUGCUGGCAUCGCGAGGAAGGGCAAUGGAAGCUGGAAGUCGUGGAUCAAUAAGUCCUUCAGUCUCAAAGUAUCUUCCCACUGAGAGAUUCAUCUUUAUUAGGUGAUUGGCCUAUUCAUGGUCGUGAGUGGCUUGUUAUCGUUCUAAUUUUGGUCAAAUUGGUCAUGUUGUUCUUACCAUUCUUGGUAUUUCUCGGAAUCCUUGUUAUGGUGGUUGAUCAGAAGACUUCUUUCCAGUGAAUAAAAUUGCUUUGGUUGCUUUUGAAUUUA